GUUUGGUGCCUAAUGUCACAGCUGUGCCGCUCUACAAAGAGUUGGCCUCAGCCAUGCCCCUGGUGCUGCAGAACCUCACAAACUACAGCGGCCUCAUCAACGACAAGGGAGCCGCAAACGGGAACAUCACACACCAUUUCGGUGACCUGGCCAAUGAUUUGGCCAUGCUGUCAGACAAGGUGAGUGGUCUCUACAGUGUCUUGCAUGAGAUGCUACCGGAGAGUGGGCCAUUCCUGUGCCCUUUGGACAAGCAGAGUCAUAUCAAGGAGUGCCUUUUGAUCGCCACAUGCCUCUUGGAAGAACAUGUGCCCGAAGACAUCGAACUUGCCACCUUCACCACUUACAUGGAGAUGACACAGCGUUUCCUGGACAUCGGCUGGGAAGCAUUGAAGAAUGGUUUGCUGUUUGAAGAACAGUCUCCCAUUUUAAACAUGGAUGCUACAGCUCCCGAGCAGUACCAGUGCGACUUGCUGAAGCAUAAGGAGGUGACAGCAAGCCUGUUACAAGUGCAUGAGUCGGAUGGGGCAACACUUGCGAUGUCCUCAGCCAUGGUCCAUGCCUCCACGAGCAGUCUCAAGAUCCUGGAAGCACAUCAAGUAGGCAGCUCUGUGGAUGCCACAGUCUUGAAGCUGCACGAGAUUUGGAUGCCAAUUUGCAAGCAGCUGGAUUGCGACCAUAGCAGUUUCUGGGACUUGAACUAUGCCUCAUAUCAUCAGACUGCCUCCUUGCUACAGCUCAAGUCAGGCCACGCAGCACGGCGAGCUGCACGCAAUGAGAUCCGACAUCGUGUGAAGUUGGAGAGGAGGGUCGUUGACUUCGUAUCAGAGAACUAUGAGUAUUACUCCAAGAUUUACAAUGGAAGUACUCACCUUCCUCCUGGCCGACGAUUUGUCGACUCCUCCUUCAUCCAGGCUUCCUCCAGGGCUGCACGGAGCCGUUUGGCAGAUAUGGGGAGGCAAUCCAUGCUGGAGCAUGUCAUUCCUUUCAUGAAGCAAAUCGCCACGCAGGACGAGAACAGGGCCAUCAGGUUGUUCGACCAUGUGGAGUUCCGCAAGUUUCAGCAGCGAAAGCAGCGGCGCCUCCCAGCCUCCCUGCUACAGAACAAAGAGCAACAAGAAGACAGCUCUGAGGACGAUGAGGCCGUGAACGAGGAGGACGAUCACGCUGCCGAGUUCGAGGAUGAGGAUGAGGAUGACCACGCUCCGGCCCUGCUGGACAUGGGGAUGGACUCAGAAGAAGAAGAGGACACAGAAGACUCCCUGGAAAGUGGCCGCCGCCGCCGAAGGAGCAGAAGACGCCGCCGAAGGAGAUGGAUCGGUGGAAGGAGGCGAAGCAGACGCCGCAGGAGAAUCUUCGAUGACAUCGUGGACGCAGUGGCAAAGGUUGUCGAGGACGUCGUGGAGUACAUGGAAAGUCUUACGGGUUGCUUGGGCUACGCGAUAGAGUUCGCCGGCAGCGGCUACGACUAUGAGGUGGUCCCCGGCGCCGUGUCGAUCUCUCUCGGACUUUCCUCAGGAGCAAAGCAAGCACUCGAGGACCUGAUUUCGGAGCGGCCUCCCUCUGCUUUCAUUUCCUUGGACUUUGGCUUUGCAGUGGGCGUGACCAAGAAGCUCGCGUGGCUGGGUGUAGGCUUGGGAGGAUCCCUUGCCUGUGACUCCACCGCUGGGUGCGAUGUGUACAUCACGGUGGCCAGCAUCACCAGUAUCAACCUGCCCACGGUCUCAGCCUUUUGCCCCAUGGGUCCCAACUGGGGUCCAGCCACCUGUGCCCAGUCCUUUGGCGGCGGCAUUUCGACCAUGUGCUGCAGCAUGGGGCUCCAGGAAGGCAAAAAUGACUGCCGCUGAGGCUCCGCUGAGCGAAGAGAC